ACCAGUAAGUCACGUCAUUUCCAAGCCUUCUACCGAGAACCGGAGGAUCAGGAUGAAAAAGAAAUCGGCACCACCUCAUCAUGCCAACAUGAUUCAGUUUCCAAACUGAAGCAAGACCAAUGCCUUCAUCAGGAGCGGGAUGAAUUCACUGGUGAAAUAGCUAAAUCAGCCUCGUCCACGUCCACGUCCACCGGUUCGUCGCACUUGCUGCCAGGACCAGACGCCUCGUCAAAGUCAUCCCUGGUAGAACGAGAUGGUUACAAGAUUGCCCAAAGUCAGGCUAUGAAUAGUGUCAGAUCGGAUAUACGACCGCUGCGACGGCACAUUUUCCAGCCUUCUGCAAAGAGACGGCAAUUCUCGUUUGAAUCGGCCGAGGCCGGCCCUAAUCCGCCCGUCGGUCAACGAACUAAUGCUCUUGGCGAAGGGCUGUCGGAUCUACCCUUGAGCCUAACGACCAAUUCUGUCACACCUUUGUGCAAAAGGCGCCAUAAUGCCAUUCAGCAUAAAAGGCCCUCUGCUAGCACCAACAAUGGCAAUGGGCAACAACCUUCUCCGACAAUAGAAUCGGACAAUUCACCGGCCACUGUACCUUUUGCAGACUGUGACAAGGCUCUCCUUUCAGGCGGUACAGCAGAGCACACCUCGAGCAAAGCUCCCAUCUCCGUCAACGAGGCUAGCAGCAGAAGCCACGCUAACGGCAACACUAGCCUGUACUAUUACCAGCUGUACCUAAGACAGCUUACCGCAGCAGCAGUAGCGGCAGCCACAAGUUGCGGCCGGCCUGCCGACAGUCCGGCCAAGCCAACACAUGUCCCGGGUUGCCAUCAUUUGCCUGCAUGGCUGACGAGACAAUCGAGCGUCAGCAGCACGAAUGCAAUCGCCACCCUUGAACCGACCCCCUUUACCGGGGACAAGGAGGAAGUUUCGUGUACCAAUGGCUCAUUCAAAGUUGGCAAUUCUGCUAGUGUGGUAUUCACGGGACGGCGUGAUCGCCGCAAUGACCAAUGCGAGUACUGUGGGAAGAUUUUCAAGAACUGCAGCAACCUAACGGUGCACAGGCGAAGUCAUACCGGCGAGAAGCCGUACCACUGUCGUCUGUGCAAUUACGCCUGCGCACAGUCUUCCAAACUGACGCGCCACAUGAAGACGCAUGGAAAGGAUGGAAAACCUAGCCACCACUGUAAGUAUUGCCAGACUCCAUUUAUAGUGCCAUCAACUCUGGAGAAACACAUGCGAAAAUGUAUUAAAUCUCGAAGCUCGGCAAGUAUUGGUGCGACCAACAACGGGCAUCAUGGCGGUGGGGCUCUAAAGGUGGGAACCCCGACAACCGGUACUGCCGUCUCAAUGGCUGCCGCUGCUGCGGCAGUAGCCACGAUGGCCGCCGUCGUGGCUUCCUCCGGGAUGGUACGGCAGCAUCAGCAUCAACUUUCGAAUCAUUCGCAGACUUCAGCAACCCACGACGCUCAAAAUCCACACUUACAACAGCCCACAAUCAAGCAACGGCCGAACGUCACACUGCCUCCAAUGCAUGCACAACACUCACAUACCAAUCAUAUGCACAACCAUCAUUAUAAUCAUUCGUACAAAAAUCAGCAACACCAUCAACUACUGACGCAAUCCUGUCAAAGACAUCAUCAUGCCCAAGAACAUGCGGAUGAACUCUCACUAGCAAGCCUCAGCACGAAUGCUAGCGGACCUAACGAGCACACUUUUUCCGACCUCAGUUUGCACGACGCGAACCGACUUCCUUUACAGCAUCGACAGCAUUCUUUACACCGUCAGUCUGCUAGAGAUCCUGGGGCUGGGCAACCACAGGUAGAACCCACAGAUUUGUCAGCCAGAAUAAUGCUACCCGGCAAAGUGGCUGGGACCGAAAAGUUGUCAUCUGGCGCCGAUGUAAGGUGUCGGGAAAGAAGUAGCGAAUUGGCCGAGCCCGAGGUUGGUCGCUUGACCGGCUAUUUUUCAGCGGCCUCCCUCUCAACCCUUUUUUCAUCAUCACCAUCCUGCUCGACCGCAUCAUAUUCGUCUUCAUCUUCAUCAUCUUCAGCUUUGACCACGGCUUCAGCUUCGCCCCUCGCCUCAGCCACUUCGGCCUUCAUCCCAGCGAAUUCCUGUCAAAUCGAGAAACAAGCACUAGCUAACUCUCGUUCUCAAAUAUCCUCGCCCUCUUUUGUCACCUCUUCCUAUUCUCCUUCCUCUGGAUCCAUCUCCACAGCCCAAAGUACUGCCUCUAAGAUCCCCGGCGCCAUGUCCAACCUGCCAUCUCUCAGUCUUCCGCUCACAAUACCUCUUCCCGCUCCUGCCCAGUCUGCGAUGCCUCUCACUCUGCCCUAUGGACUUGGAACGACCUCCGCAGCCUCUCUUUUUGCCGCAGCCUACGCUGCUUUAACUUCAUCUCAGCAAAGUGCCGGCGCCAUUACCUCUUCCUCCCCCUCCUCUUCCUCAUCCGCUUCAUCACCUUCUAACCUCACCACACCCAGUCGCUUGGCUCAGGCAGAAGACCGUGAAAAACGGCACUCUGAACUUGCUCCACCGACUGUAGACUGGUCGGCAACACUGACAGCUCGACCACAUCAGACCUCGCCGAAUCCGUUGCCAUUGACCACGCAAGCCAGACCAACGGGACAAAGUAACGUUGGACAACAUACUAAAAUCUCCUCCAAUUUGUCACAACCCUCACUGCAUUCCCAUCUUCCUGGUCCUUCUGGGUCAAAUUCGACUUCAACUGCUCAUGAUCUGCACCUUUCAGUCCUAAUCAUGUCACAUCUUCUGGAGUCAGCCGGUCUAGGCAAUAGAGCAAAUAAGACGGUACCACCUGUUUCUCUGCCCUACAAUGGAGCUCAGUCCACAAAACCCCCGGCUAACCCUUCAAUAGCCCAAGAUUUCCCCUUUUCCUUACAGACAUUAAAGUCACCACCCCAACAACAGCCACUACCUCGGCUAUCAUCACUCCAGUUGCCCACAUCAGCGCUAACAGUAACGGCAACAACUGCAACCACAUCAACAACAUCAUUAGUAUCUCGACCGGCCACGCCGCCAGACUCAGCACACUCAUUGACUUCAUCAACAGCAUCGGUGUUGACACAAUUACCUCAGUCAAGCCCACCACUAUUAUCUCUCACUUACCCUCUUUCACCGCAUCCCCUUCCUCUUGCCUCUCUACCAUUUCGACCUUUCUCAUUGGCCUCACAAUUACCUCCAACCUUCAGUCCAACGUCAACCUGUUUCCCUAACUCAUCCCGUCAGCAUCCCUCUCCAAACAACCGUUUUUCUCCUGAAAACGACCGCCAGUGGGCACCAGCUGCCAUGCUGGGCUUUCAGGCGACCAAAUCUCUGCUCAGCCAGCACGGCAGAGGGGCAUCUUAUUCAAGCCUGUUUUUCUGA